AUGGCUACGCAUAAAACACAUGACCACACCAACUACCUCAGCGAGCGUGGUGAAAAUUUUAUUCGGAUUUCGCUGCUAUGUUCACAGCUGCGGCAUACUUUCCGAAAUUUUAUCUGCUCAGCUUUAGUAACUGUUGAUGAUCUCGUUCAAUAUGCUGCUACAUUCACACGCUUGCUUUCACAACAAUGCAAAGUAUUUCUCGUUCAUGUAAAAAAUAAACUGGUUACCGUGCUUGCUGAGGUACCAAAAACGCGACCUGGAAUUUGCAUAUCGGAUACGCUGCAACGAGCAUUGAUGCGCUGGCAGCGUGUACUCGGAAUACGACGAUCGGCGGAAGCAAACAAGCACAGUGUUGUGAAACCAGCAUCAAUACCGUCACCAUUCGUCGUCAAAAGGACUGCUUGGAUGUAA